AACAAUGCAUACGUUCGUACCUAGUAAUUCAGCACCUUCAUACCAGGCAAAGAAUGCUCGAGGUUUCCGAAAUUUGAUGAGUGAUCAACUUGGCGGUGUUGUAUUCGGCUGCACAAGUACUACAAUGAAAGAAUGUCUUGAAAAGCAACUAUUUGGUUUGCCUGUUGAACACUUUUUAUAUGUGAAAAAUGUACAUCCUGGUUUGCCACUGUUCUUGUUCAACUACAACGAUAGGAAGAUCCAUGGAAUCUUCGAGGCAGUAAGCUCUGGUCAAAUGCAUAUCAAUCCAUAUGCUUGGACAUCAAAUGGUUAUGAAAAAACACGAUAUCCUGCACAGGUUCAGAUACGUGUCCGUCUACAGUGUCAACCACUGCAAGAAAAUCAGUUUAAACCAAUAAUAUUGGAUAACUAUUAUACUCAGAACCAUUUCUGGUUUGAACUAGAUCAUGCUCAAUCUAAUAAAUUGAUCUCCAAACUGGCAUCUCUUGCAAUUGCUCCAAGUAAAACACUGUAUAACUCAGCAAACUGGGGAAGUAUAAUCCAAGAUCUACCUGAAAACGACAAGAUAGCGGAUAAUGGAUCUUUUGAGCCACAAGACUUGGAAAGUAAGUCGUCCAGUUCCGUUGAUGUGAACAGGAAGUUCGGUGCCGGAGACAUUUCUCCUUGUUCAAAUGGUAGUGAUCUGCAGUUCGAGGCACCGCUUGAUUUUCAAGCUGCACUAGAUGAGAAGGAUUUUAUAUACAAGAAACUUAAAGAAUUAGUUCUUGAGCGUGAAUGUUCAGGGGCCCCUACAAAUGGACAUGCAGAGGAAAGAACCAACGCAACGCUAGGUAACACUGUAAAUGAUGUAAGCAUUGGCAAAGCAGCUUUUCGGAAAGCACAGCUUCCUGGAGAAGGGAAGAAUGAAGAAAGUUCUUGUGACUCGACUGGUUAUCCUUCUUUUAUAGUUCAGCUGCUUCAAGGAAUGGAGAAACUAAAAGCUUUUAACGAAGAGCAAAAUAAAAAGAUGGGUGGUCUGGAGCAGAAGCUGGCUGAUGUACAAGAAGAAAUUAAACUGUUAAAAACUAGAUGCUUGAUGUUGGAGUCCUCAAAUCCUUCUCGUACACAUGCUGGUGAAAAUGUGGUUGAGUCAGAUGAUGUAGCACAUCUGAAUGAUGAGUCAAUCAUCCUAGCUGGAGGAUAUGAUGGUGUAUCGUGGUUAUCGGCCUUCGACUCAUACUCGCCUUUAAAUGAUGUUUUAAAGUCGCUUAAGCCAAUGAAUUCUGUUCGAUCAUUUUCUGCACUUGCAAAGCUGAGUAGAGAACUUUAUGUAUUUGGUGGCAGAUGUGGAAGCUUGUGGUGCGACGGAGUUGAAUCAUAUAACCCAGCUGAUAACAAGUGGACCGUGCACCCUUGUUUGAAUGAGAAAAAAGGUAGCUUAUCCGGAGCUACUUUAAAAGACAAGAUCUUUGCAAUUGGCGGUGGAAAUGGGACUGAAAGCUUUUCACAAGUUGAAAUGUAUGAUCCUCAAGUAGGUCGAUGGAUUUCUACACGAUCCAUGUGGCAGAAGCGAUUUGCUCUUGCCGCAGCAGAACUCAAUGGUGCAUUAUAUGCUGUUGGUGGAUUUGAUGGAAGCAAUUAUUUGGCGACUGCUGAAAGAUUUGACCCCAGAGAACAUUCUUGGACAAAAAUUGAAAAUAUGAGCACGAAAAGAGGAUCUCAUGCGUUGGUUGCUUUGAUGGGAAAGUUAUAUGCACUUGGUGGGCAUGACGGGUAUCAAAUGGUGCCAAGCAUUGAGAUAUAUGAUCCCCGUCGUGGGACAUGGACGAUUGGAGAAGCAAUGAACUACUCUAGGGGGUAUUCAGCUGCUGCUGUACUAAAGGAGUCCAUUUAUGUAAUUGGAGGGGUUAAAUCUGAUAAUGAAAUAAUAGACACGAUUGAAUGUUAUAAGGAGGGUCAAGGUUGGCAAACAACCACCUCGAGGGCUGUCGGGAAAAGGUGUUUUUCCUCUGCUGUAGCUUUGGAGGAAUGCUGA